AGUAAAUUUAUCUUCAUUUAAACAAGAGCUUUGAUAGUAAAGAAAAAUGGAGAUGUGGCUACUUUCACUUUAUUUGCAAUAUUCUUGGGUGUGCUUCAUAUUUCCUGACAUUUCAGUUGGUCACAUGUGUAGAGUUUCUAACAUCCAAAUCGAUAAUGAAGAAGGAAAACAGCAGUUUAUAGAAUUAAAUCUUAAAAAAGUUGACAUUGAUGAUAUUAGUAGUUGCCCCGGACCUGGUUGUAGUUUUCAUGAUCAUGAUGAAUACAACAAAUUCGGAGAGUAUCAUUACAGCCAGUGGAUAUCAUCGCCUCCAACCUUUAAUUUGGUUUUCACCCCAGGAGAGCUUAUUCUUGAAUGUGAUACUGAUGCAUCGCUGGCCUUGACCCCAGGAUUGUGUGCUACUAAUGAAGCAGAAAAAGGAAGUUGUGCCAAUGAUGUGUGCAGUCUGCAUGAUAUUGAGGAAUCAGUGGAAACCAUUGAGGAUAAGCAGUUGUUGCAGUUACUGACAGGGGAUGAGACACUGGAUCACAGAGUUGCUACUGCUAUUGCAUUGCUUAAUCUGGGCAACAUAGAUAAGGCAAUAGAACAAUUUACAUCAGUUAUAGCUAAUGAUCCGACGGCUGCAAUGGCCUACUUUGGUAGAGGUGUUGCCUACACUAGGAAGGGACUUCAGAGUCAAGGCAUCGCCCAGAAAGCUCUCAAUGAUUUUCAUAAGGCCAUUGACCUAGAUACAGGUCAGACACGUCCAGAUAUGUACAUACACAGAGCAGAAAUGUUUUUGAUGAUGCAUCACUAUCAGGAAGCUUACAAUGAUGCAACAACAGCACUGAAAUUAAAACCCUUGCCUAAGAUCUACUUUCUUCGAGGAGUGAUUAGCUUGUUAAUGGAGAACUUUUCUCUGGCAGAACAGGAUUUCCGCAAGAAUGUCCAGUCACCUGAUGAAAGCAUUCGGAUCAUGUCACAUUUUCAUUUGGGCCUGGCUCUAUACUACAGAGGAAAAGUCAGGAAUGCUGUGGAAGUGUUUAAGGAAGUCAUUAAAGAGAACCCUAACCACCUAGGGGCAGUGCUGAGUCUAGCUCAAGGCUUCAAAGAGCUCAGCAAUGUGCGAGGCGCACUGGCCAGAUUUAACCAAAGUCUGCUCAUACAGCCCAACAAUACCAUGGUGUAUAAUCUUAGAGGGAAUUUACUUUUCACCACAGGAGAGCACCAGGCAGCCAUCUUAGAUUAUGAGAACUGUGUAUCAGGUGACCCCUACAAUACUAAUUGUCAGUACAUGAAGGCAGCCUCUAAAAUUAUCCUCGGUCAGUUUUAUGAAGGUCUUAAAGAUACAACCAAGCUGAUGGUCAGUAACAUUCCUGUUAUCAAGGCUUCACCUGAACAUGUAAAAGCUCACUAUCUACGUGAGUAUGCCAGAUAUGUGCAUGCUAGACUGGACGGUCCUAUCUCUCUAAUUCAGCCUGAUAUGGAUUUCAGCCCUGACUACUUGGACCAUUGGGUCAAAUUAAAGAAAUUUGAUAUAAAAAAUUAUAAAGAGCAGCCUGGACUACAACCAGACAUAAGAGACGUUCAAAGUCUAACUGAUGUUUCACCAGAUUUAGAAUCUCUUCUUUGUCGAGCUGAAGCACUGGGAAGGUUGUCUCAAGUCAGCGUGGAUGGAAUAGUUCCAGACAAGAGAUUAAAUUUAGCCAUGGGUCUGGCAUCUUUACAUACAGCUCAAUAUUUUGAGGCAAAAUGGAAAAUAUUAAAAACAAAAACAGGAACACAAGAUAAAGUUGUGAACGGUUGGAAGGAAUUGUUUUCUAUAGCCGUGUUUUAUAGACGCCUGGCCAAUCUGGAGCAGCCCUAUCUUUGGGUCAACAUGUUGCCAAGUUACACAAGCAAGGAGGGACACAGGACAGACAUUCCAUUUGUUAGAGGUUCUGUACACAACAUGAAGGUGACUCCAUACAACGAGUUGGCUUUUAAGCUGGCUAAAACAAUGUUGGAGCAUUAUUCAGGUGAUGGGGCAGCAAGUUACUCUGGUUUAAAGGAGGACCUGGCCAAAGCCACAUCUUGUGAGGAUUUAUUAGCUGUGUCUAGGAAACGGCAAAUCAAUCCUCGGGGGUUCCUCGUAUCUACACAAGUCCCAUCUGUUGCUGGUGUCCGAGAGGAUAACAGGCUGGAAGGUGGCGUCCUGGUGCUAACAGAAGAUCAGCAUCAAAAAAUUGUGUUUGCAUUAAAUAUAGUCAAUAUGCCAGAUAGAAUGUCUUCCUAUCAUUCGGAAAUGGACUAUCUCUUGAUGUUGUUGCAAGAUGAAAUGAGAAAAUCUGGCCUAAGUAAAGCAUCAGAUGUGGAUGUGAUUAUCUCCCAUAUUUUGUCCAUAGCUUACUAUUUUUAUAACCUGAUUCCUUUGUCUAAAGGCUCAAGUGCUGUGGCUUACUCAGUCCUACUUGGUCUCAUUAUGUCAGUUGGUCGACAGAUCACUGGAAGGAUUCCUAAUGGAAGACUGUUAGAUAUGGAAGCUAUAUUUGCUGGGGCGCCUGAUGCUUUUGUUAUGGUAGCCAAAAAUUGGAUGCAAAUAAAAAAGAUCUCUGUUCCGGUUUCUAGUUUACCAAAAGUGUCAGAACUUUUACCUACUGUACGCAGUGUGCUGGAAGUGUUGUCGUUCAACUCUACAACCUGUCUACACUAGCGCCCCCUGGCCACUUUAAAAACUAUUUGUCUGUGUGGGUGCGACUCAAGGGAGAGAACUCGAAUAAUUGAAACAAUCACUUUUAGUUCCUUAACUGAUACAAAAUAAUUCCAAGUAUUAAAAUUGUUGAGAUUAGUGACCAUCCUCAGCCACUCUAUGUAUCUAUGUAUUUAAAAAUAUGCAAUAUUUUGUUUUGUUAUAUGAGUUGAAACUAGGGUUUAAUUCCAUUUUUUUUAAAUUCUAUUUGAUGUUAUAUUUAAUAAAAUGUCUGAUACUAUAUGAUGAGAAAG